CGCCGAAGCUGUUGAAUUUCACCAAGGCUUCUGCCUUUUCCUUUCCCCUCGCUUUGUUUGGCGGUAGUAGAUUUGGAGAGAAGGGAAAGAGCGGGCGUCAGAGAGUAAAAAACCAAAUUUGUUUCAGAUGGACACGUAUUCUGUUCAUCUAGCGAUGGCGGCCCUAGUCGGAGCUUCGCUGGUGGCAGUGUCGGCGUAUUAUAUACAUAGGAAAACCUUGAAUCAGUUGCUGGAGUUGGCAAAGACGGUGGAGAGGGAGAGAGAGGUCAUUUCGGAGGGAGAUUCGCCGCAACACUCCCGGAAACGGCGCGUCCAGCACCAUCGCCAGAACGGGAACGGAUACUACCGCCGCGGCUCGGCGUCUUUGCCGGAUGUUACUGUAAUAUGCGGCGGGAUUGACGGAGAAGAGAAACGCAACGGCCCUAUCCAUGUUGACGGGAUUCCCGCCGGUUUGCUGCGGCUCCAUACUCUCCAUGGAGGGAAAUCUGGGGGCCAUGGAACUCCGGUAAAGAGAUCUGCUAGUCUUCUCCGACCUACUUCUCCAAAGUCCCCUAGUGCAAGUGCCUUUGACAGCAUAGAAGGGUCGGACGAUGAAGAUAAUAUCACCGACAAUUCUAAUUUAGACACUACUUAUCUGCAUACUAAUGGAAAUGCUGGCCCAAAUUUGCCUGCCCAUGUUAAUGCUAACGGAGAAGAAAUCCAGAUAGCUGCUUCAAGUAUGAUUAGGACCCAUAGUAUAUCUGGUGACCUACAUGGCGUUCCACCUGAUCCUAUUGCAGCUGAUAUCCUAAGUAAAGAGCCAGAGCACGAAACUUUUGCACGACUUAGAAUUUCCCCUUCUGAGAUACCGUCACCGGAUGAAGUUGAGGUCUAUGUAGUUCUGCAAGAAUGCCUAGAAAUGCGGAAACGAUAUGUGUUCAAGGAGGCGGUUGCUCCUUGGGAGAAAGAAGUUAUAUCAGACCCAAGCACACCAAAACCUAAUCAGGAUCCCUUUUAUUAUGCACCUGAAGGAAAAUCUGAUCAUUAUUUUGAGAUGCAAGAUGGAGUAAUACAUGUCUAUGACAAGAAAGACUCAAGAAGGGAGCUCUUUCCUGUAACUGAUGCAACAACCUUUUUCACUGACUUACAUCACAUUCUUCGCGUUAUAGCGGCUGGCAAUAUCAGAACUUUAUGUCAUCACCGUGUAAAUCUUCUAGAACAAAAAUUCAAUCUUCAUUUGAUGCUUAAUGCGGAUAAAGAAUUUCUGGCUCAAAAAAGUGCACCGCAUAGGGACUUCUAUAAUGUGAGGAAAGUUGAUACACACGUUCAUCACUCAGCGUGCAUGAACCAGAAACACCUCUUGAGGUUUAUAAAGUCAAAGUUGAGGAAGGAGCCAGAUGAGGUUUUAAUAUUUCGGGAUGGGACAUAUUUUACCUUGAAAGAAGUUUUUAAGAGCUUGGAUUUGACUGGAGGAGUGAGAGUGAUGCAACUAAUUAGGAUUCCUUUUUUGGUUUCAGAUGGACACUCCCUCAAAACAUUCCAACGAACCAAACGCCACUUAAAUAAUCCUUGCGGUCAAAGUAGGCUCAGGGAGAUUUUCCUCAAGCAGGACAAUCUUAUCCAUGGUCGAUUCCUUGGUGAGGUGACAAAGCAAGUGUUUUCUGAUCUUGCUGCAAGCAAAUAUCAGAUUGCUGAAUACAGAAUAUCAAUAUAUGGUAGGAAGAAAAGUGAGUGGGACCAACUGGCUAGUUGGAUUGUUAACAAUGAAUUGUACAGUGAGAAUGUUGUUUGGUUAAUUCAGAUCCCUCGACUCUACAAUGUUUACAAAGAGAUGGGAAUCGUUACCUCGUUUCAGAACAUUCUCGACAACAUCUUUAUACCUCUGUUUGAGGUUACUGUGGAUCCAGAUUCACAUCCUCAAUUACAUGUUUUCUUGAAACAGGUUGUAGGGCUGGAUUUGGUAGAUGAUGAGAGUAAGCCUGAAAGACGCCCCACCAAACACAUGCCAACACCAGAUCAAUGGACUAACGUAUUUAACCCUGCAUUCUCCUACUAUGCCUAUUAUUGCUAUGCGAACCUCUACACCUUAAACAAGCUUCGUGAAUCCAAGGGUAUGACGACCAUCAAAUUCCGACCGCAUUCCGGGGAGGCUGGUGACAUUGACCACCUUGCAGCAACAUUUCAAACUGCUCAGAAUAUUGCACAUGGAAUCAAUCUUAAGAAAUCUCCAGUUCUACAGUAUAUUUAUUAUUUGUCACAGAUUGGGUUGGCUAUGUCUCCCCUGAGCAACAAUUCCUUGUUUCUGGACUAUCAUCGGAAUCCUUUUCCGAUGUUUUUCCUACGUGGUCUGAAUGUUUCCUUAUCCACGGAUGAUCCACUUCAAAUAUACUUAACAAAGGAACCUUUGGUGGAAGAGUACAUCAUAGCUGCUUCUGUAUGGAAGCUGAGUUCAUGCGAUCUUUGUGAGAUUGCUCGUAAUUCAGUCUACAAGUCUGGUUUUUCACAUGCUUUGAAGUCGCACUGGAUUGGAACCGAGUACUACAAGAGAGGACCGAAUGGAAACAGUAUCCACAUGACAAAUGUUCCUCAUAUCCGGCUCGAGUUCCGUGACAGGAUCUGGAGAGAGGAGAUGCAGCUGGUGUACCUAGGCAAGGCCAUUAUCCCCGAGGAAGUAGACAAGUAAUGUGCAACAUACUGCACGAUCCAUUCUUUAACAUUACACGCCGUAUACGUUUGGGAGGUUGCCAUCCGAUUCUCUUUUGAUUUUGUCGUCUGUUCUAUGAAGUGCACUAAUUUGUACGCGGUAAUAAGGGUUCGAGUCUCCCGAGGCGCAUCUAAGGGUGACAAAACCUUGCAGGACCUCAAGUGUCUGCCUCUUAGGUUCAAAUGAAUCCGGAGGUCGGAACUUAACACACCUAUGAGUAAUAGAAAUAUGGGAUUCUGUGGAAAUGGUGAUCAAAAUGGCAAACUUGAUGAAUUGUGGGG